CAGCUCCUAAAUGUCACUGGCGCAAGCGCAAAAAUUCGUUUGUUGGCCGGUCUGGUUGGAGCAAGAUUACAUUUUUUUCUUUUGGUAGCCAUUUGGGAAUAACUUGGCAUACUUUGCUGCAAUAUGCAGUACAACAACGUAUUUCGCAACACCCAAGUGUUUAGACCUCGAACCGAUCGCAAUGAACAUUAUGGAAAGCAAUCAAAUUAUUGGAACGGUCCCCCACAACAUACGAUCGCACCGGUACAAGAUUUUGGUGGCCCCAAGCAGAACAACAGAAAAUUCAACCGACAAUUCAACAAUCAACAAAUGUCGAAAGUUCAUCAUCAGCAGCAACACGAAGAAAAUGGAGAAGAUGACCUUACGGUAAAUUCAUCAAACUGGACACCUACAGAAAUGGAACCCUUUAAAAAAGACUUCUACGUACCUCACGAAAGCACACAGUCUCGAACACAACAAGAUGUCGACAAUUAUAGAGAAGUCAAGGACAUCAUAGUACAAGGGAAAGAUGUUCCCCAUCCAAAUUUCUGUUUUGAAGAAAGCAGUUUUCCUGAUUACAUCAUGGAAAUUUUAAUGAAUCAAGGUUUCAACGAUCCCACUGCUAUUCAGUCUCAAGGAUGGCCAGUGGUUCUGAGUGGAAGAGAUCUUGUGGGUAUUGCUCAGACAGGAUCUGGUAAAACGUUAGCAUACAUGUUGCCUGCAACUGUUCACAUUAAUUCACAGAAAAGGCCACAAAGAGGGGAAGGACCGAUUGCACUUAUUCUUGCUCCAACCAGGGAAUUGGCCCAGCAAAUACAAAAAGUAGCACACGAAUUCGGGUCCAACACAAUGAUUCGUAACACCUGCAUCUUUGGCGGCUCUCCAAAAGGGCCCCAAGCCAGAGACCUAGAGCGGGGAGUGGAAAUCGUUAUCGCAACGCCUGGAAGACUCAUUGACUUUUUGGAUAAGGGCACGACCAAUCUCCAACGAUGCACUUACUUGGUUUUGGACGAGGCCGAUAGGAUGCUGGAUAUGGGCUUCGAACCUCAAAUCAGGAAAAUUAUCACGCAGAUCAGGCCGGACAGGCAGGUGCUCAUGUGGUCAGCUACUUGGCCCAAACAAGUACAAGCUCUAGCUGAAGAAUUUUUAGUGGAUUAUGUACAGGUUAAUAUUGGAGGAUUGUCAUUAUCAGCAAACCAUAACAUAAAGCAAGUGGUUGAAGUAUGCGAUGACAGCGAAAAGGAAGAGAAGCUCAACAACCUUCUUAAACAAAUAGCUUCAGACCGGAACAGCAAAAUCAUAGUUUUUGUGGAAACCAAGAAGAAGGUUGAUGAUAUAACUAAAGCUAUUAAGCGCGAAGGAUAUGCGGCGAUCUGUAUCCAUGGUGACAAGUCACAACCGGAGAGAGACUAUGUUUUGAACGAGUUCAGAACUGGAAAGUUUUCGAUUUUGGUUGCGACAGAUGUGGCUGCCCGUGGUUUAGAUGUUGAAGAUGUUAAAUACGUCAUCAACUAUGAUUACCCCAAUUCCAGUGAAGACUAUGUUCAUCGUAUUGGAAGAACAGGCAGGUGCCAGCAGGCUGGAACCGCCUACACCUUCUUCACCGCCAACAACCAGAGGCAGGCCAAAGACCUGAUCUCCGUACUGGAAGAGGCCGGUCAAACCGUACCUCCCCAACUCCAGGAAUUGGCCCAGAGCGCCCGCAACGUCCAGACGGGCAGGUCGCGCUGGAACCAGAGAAAUAAGGUUAAUAAUACAGUUUUUAAAGAGAAUUUCUAUAGAAAUGAUAACUCGUCGCCCAACUCGAACAACUCUGGCAAGAUGAAUAACUGGCAGAACAAGCCAAACCAGUUCAUGGGCAGGAACGAGUUCUACAACAGCAAGCAACAGAACGGAGCUAUGCCCGGUGGUGUGAAAAAUAUGGGACCUAGGGACAAUUUCCAGAGAAAUCCUCGUUACAACAACAAUAAUGGUUUUAAUCAGUAUAAUAAUUCGCAAUACCAAACGUACCAGCAGAGCUACAGUCCUCCGAUGUACGGCGCGGGUCAAAUGAACGGUCAAGGCCAAAACAACCGCAGCUACGGCAACCAACGCUACAACCAGCAACAGCAGCGCCAGCAACAGUACCAGAACCCCAUGCAGUCGGGCUCGUACAUCCCCGCGCAGGCGGCGGCCGCCUCCCCCGCCUACAUGAUGCACGGCGCCGCCCCCGACGGCCUCCAGUCCAUCAUAAGCCACAAGUUUUUCCAGAGCCGCGGUUUGACGGGCGCCGCCAACCCCUGCGCCUUCCAGCAGAGCCAAGGGGGCCCCUACGGCCAGUACCCGGCCACCCCCGUGGGCUACACCACCUACGCGCCCCAAUAUUCGGCCCCGCCUACCGCUGCCGUGCAGCAGUUGCGAAUGAGGAAAAAACUUUUAAAAAAGCAUUAUAUUUCACACAGAAGAGAAGUUCAUAAUGCCCUCAAAAAUGUGCAAGAGAAACCCACUCUAGAACAGGCGAUACUGGACGAAGUAGUAGCGAGCAGAUUGCAAUGCAACGAUCCACAAAAUGUGGUUCAGCUGCGUUUUGCAGGGAUACACUUUCGGGUAGGCAUAUUCCUCAUACAUUAUGCAUCUCAAAACUCCGCGGAUUGGUUGAUGGAAACGGCACCUAAGCUUAAGAAUUGGCAGGUGCCGGGACUGGUUGCAAUGAAGGGAGAAAACAUCCCUAAAGAGGCGACUAUCGCGAUCAUUUUGCCAAGGAGCAAGGGAGAAGACACCGCCUACCUGCUGAGCUUUAUCCAGACUCAGAAGAACAUUGAAUUGGCGAGUCAUCAAUUGGAAGGCAGAGGGUCUUUCAAAAGCAAUCGCCCACAACAAAAUGGCGGCGGUUUUCGUGGUCGCCAGAACGGAUUCCAAAACGGAAACCGUGACGGUGGUUUCAGACAAAGGAACGGUGGCGGCGGCGGAGGCGGAUGGGGUGGCAACCAAGGAGGCGGACGUUUCGGCAAUUCGGGCCCCGGUGGAAGGCUGCGUCCCGUAGAAUGGGGCAACAAGCAAUUGCGCCCCUUCAAAAAGGAUUUCUACGUCGAACACCCCACCGUUCAAAACCGAUCAGAGUUCGAAGUUGGCGAGUACCGUAACUCGAAAAACAUUUCCAUGGAAGGAGACGCACCCAAUCCCAUUCAAAGCUUCCACGAAGCCAGUUUUCCCGAUUACGUUAUGGACGCCAUCGUCGCUCAAGGAUACGAAAUACCCACAGCUAUUCAGGCCCAAGGCUGGCCCAUCGCCAUGAGCGGGCAAAAUAUGGUUGGAAUUGCGCAAACAGGCUCUGGUAAAACAUUGGCAUAUGUUCUACCCGCCAUUGUUCACAUCAACAAUCAGCCUGAAAUUCGACAGGGCGACGGACCGAUCGCCUUGAUCCUGGCCCCGACCAGAGAAUUGGCCCAACAGAUCCAGCAAGUGGCCAACGAUUUCGGCAAGUCCUCGCACAUUCGUAACGUGUGCAUCUUCGGCGGGGCUCCUAAAUCGCCCCAGGCGCGAGAAAUGGAAAGGGGCGUUGAGAUUUGCAUCGCCACUCCAGGUAGACUGAUUGAUUUCCUGGAAAGGGGAACCACAAACUUGGAGCGGUGCACCUAUUUGGUUUUGGACGAAGCCGACAGGAUGUUGGACAUGGGUUUCGAACCUCAAAUCAGGAAAAUUAUCGGUCAGAUCAGGCCGGACAGGCAAACUCUGAUGUGGUCGGCGACGUGGCCCAAAGAGGUCAAGAAGUUGGCUUCUGAUUACAUGAAAUCUUAUGUACAGUUGAACGUUGGUUCCUUACAACUAUCUGCCAAUCAUAACAUUUUGCAAAUCGUUGACGUAUGUCAAGAACAUGAAAAGGAAAGGAAAUUGAACACGCUUUUGCAAGAAAUUGGGGGCAACAACGAGGCAAUAGAAAAAAUAAUCAUUUUCGUUGAGACCAAGAAGAAAGUAGAGGGAAUCACUGAAACCAUCAGAAGGUUCGGUUGGCCGGCAGUGUGCAUGCAUGGAGACAAAAGCCAACAGGAACGCGACUACGUUCUGAGGGAGUUCAGAAAUGGCAAGGCCACCAUUUUGGUUGCCACCGAUGUAGCCGCCAGAGGAUUAGACGUUGAAGGUAUCAAGUACGUCGUUAACUACGACUAUCCCAAUUCCUCCGAAGACUACAUCCACAGGAUAGGAAGGACUGGUCGAUCUGACACGACAGGAACCUCUUACGCUUUCUUCACACCAUCCAAUUCCAAACAGGCGCGAGACCUGGUUUCAGUAUUAAAGGAAGCUAACCAAGAGGUUAACCCAAAAUUGCAAGAAAUGGCUUCACGGUUUGGCGGUUUCGGUGGCGGCAAGGGCAACAACAAAUGGGGCUACGGGGGCGGAUUCAAAGGAAGGGAGAACGGUCCCCCCAGACAGCACACUAGAUUCAGUGGAAACGGCGGCGGAUAUGGAAAAAUGAAUGGUAAUAGCAACUGAUAUGGCAAAAGCAACGGUUAUUAAGCAGACAGUCGUCAGUUCAAUUCGCACGGAUUCUCCAGUAUUUUAAUUCUAACAAUUCCACUUAGUAAGGAAAAAAUAGAGUUGCAAUGUUUUUUUUUCUACUUCAACGUAUAUGUUCUUAAAUAAAUGUUCCAUUAAUUUAUUUAUAAUGAUGAAAAGCAAACUUAUCUGAUCAUAUUUAUGUUUGUAACUGUGAUAAAAUAGGUUUCUUAGGUAGAUGUUUAAAAAUGAGAUAAUCUUGAAAAGAUAUUUCGACAAAAAUAGAGUUUUUCGUUUAGUUUUUAUAUUUUUUUUCUUUAUGUCGAAGGUGUACUUCGAAUUUUUUCACUGUGAAUAAUAUAUAUCGAUGUUGAUAUAUGUGUCAGCUAUAUCCUGAGAAGUUGAUGUGUCGGACAAGACAGACCUUCAUGUACAAUUUUAUCUUCUCUAAAUAAAAAUGUUUUUAUAGAAAA